AUGCAGCGAUUAGAGUUUGUUCGAAUGAUUGGCAAGCGAGGAGCUUUUUGGGCAUGUGAAGGAAAUUGUUGUAAUUUAUUGAAGUAUCUACAAACAUUUUACGACUACAACACCAUUCGUGACCCUGAUCGUGAUAGUAACCCAUCAAUGAUCCACAGGGCAAUUUAUUGCAAAGCAUACCAGGCUUUACAACUUUUGCUGGAUGUUCCAUGUGAUCCAAAUAUAAUGGAUGCUUUUGAGCACCCUCCUUUGUUUAGUACGAUCGACAAUUUAAACAUCAUGAAGCUACUCGCUAGUCACGGAGCAAAAUUUGAACAAAACACAAAUCAUAUGUUGCUCUGUGCUGUUAAUUACGGUUCUUUUGAUACAGUGCAAUACCUUAUUGAAAAGAAAUUUCAGGUAAACAUGCCAUCUAGUUACGAUGGUAAAACUCCUCUUCAUUUGGCAGCUGAACGGAAUAGGUUUGAUGUCUUCAAACUUUUGGUCUCCAAUGGUGCUUGCCUAGAAUCCAUAGAUAAAUAUACAAACACAAUUUUACAUGUUGCUGCCAAAAGUGGAAGUAAGGAAAUGAUUCAGUUCAUCAUUGCAAAUUCGAAGCAAAAUAUCGACACUCAAAAUGACUUUGGGCAAACUCCUCUUCAUAUCGCAGCAGAAGCACAAAGAGACGAAAUAAUUAAACUUCUUGUUUUAAAACAAGCGGAUAUCAAACUAAACAAUUGUUAUGGAAAUAAUACCUUACAUUACAUUGCAAGCUACGGAUCAAGUGAAUUAUUUGAGUAUCUUAUUGAAAGAGGUGCUGAACUAAAUAGCACGAAUAAUAUAGAUGAGACUCCUUUUUAUAUUGCAUCAAAGAGAAAUGACCUAGACCUUUUAAAAGUUCUGGUAGACAAAGGGGCAAACAUUGUCGAUUCAGGAUGCGUAACCCUAAGAAACGCUGCCAAGUUUGGAUUUACUAAAAUUGUAGAAUAUUUGAUAGAGCUAAGUGUUGAUAUAAACAGCAAGAACAGAUUGAAUGAAACUCCUCUAAAUUAUGCAGUUUAUGGAAAGCAAGAAGAAACGAUAAAGCUUCUUAUCAGAAAAAUGCUCAAUUUGAGAAAGUUGGAUUUACGGGCGAUACAAUUUUACAUUGUGUGGUUCCAUUUGGGACAAGGGAACUGAUUGAAUUUAUAAUCGACAACGGCAUUGAUAUUGACAUCCAAAAUAAAUAUGGCCAAACUCCUCUUCAUUUGGCUGCCUUUCAGGGUAGUAAAGAGGUCGUUUCA